CCCCUCCCUGAUCCCAGGAUGCACCGGGGAACAGGCCUGGCCGCUCAGGUUGGUAGGAAGAUGGCGUCCUCUGGGGCGGAGCCGCAGAUCCUGGUACAAUACUUGGUGCUUCGAAAAGAUCUAUCGCAGGCUCCGUUCUCUUGGCCAGCGGGCGCACUGGUAGCGCAGGCUUGUCAUGCAGCUACCGCAGCAUUACACCUUCACCGCGACCACCCGCACACCACGGCUUACCUUCGCGAGCUGGGGCGCAUGCGUAAAGUAGUUCUCGAGGCUCCAGAUGAGACCACCCUAAAGGAGCUGGCUGAGACCCUGCAACAAAAGAACAUUGACCACAUGCUGUGGCUUGAGCAGCCAGAGAAUAUUGCCACUUGCAUUGCACUCCGACCAUACCCCAAAGAAGAAGUGAACCAGUAUUUGAAAAAGUUCCGAUUGUUCAAAUGACUGCUGCUUUGAUAUGGUUGAAUAUCAACUGGGCCAGAAAUAGAAUUCCAUUCAUCCCUGAGCAUCAUGUACUCCUUUUACUCUCAGCUUACUCUUCAGUUGUGAUUUCUUGAGAAUCCCACACAUGUUCGAAUUAAAGUUGUCAUUAAUAAGUACUUCCUCCUAUUAUUAGCAAAUAAGGAAAGUAGGUGAACAGCAAUAUUACCUAUGGGCCAUUGUCCAAAUAGAUUUAGUUUGACUCUGGUAUAAGGAAUUGAGGAAACUCACUCACUUUUUUGUUAUGAAUAAUGGAGUUCCCCCCACCCUGCCCCUUACAGUAGAGGAUUGAAUCCAAUGGCACUCUUAACACUGAGCUUUUUAAAUUUUGAGACAGUGUCUCACUAAAUUUCCCAGGCUGAUCUCCAACUUGCAAUCCUCUUGCCUCAGCUUCCAAGUAGCUGGGAUUACUGUUGUAUACUCCUGCAUCUGACUUUGAGUUCUUCUAAUUACCCAGAUUUAAAACUUUGCCUUUGAAUUCUUUAUUUCUUAUUCCUAUCUAUAUUUAUAAUUUUAAGACAACAUCAACUUUAAGAAGAGGCAUUGUUUUAUGUAUUGUUAAGAAAUGCUACCAAUGGGGCACAGUGGUACAUGCUUGUAAUCCCAGCAGUUUGGGAGGUUGAGGCAGGUUGUAAGUUUUAGGCCAGCCUCAGGAACUUAACAAGAUCUUGUCUCAAAAUUUAAAAGAUUUUAAAAAGGCUGGGGAUGUAGCUCAGUAGUAGAGCAUCCCUGGUUUCAGUACCCAGGACCCCCUACCCACCCAAAAAACAAGACGUGCAAAUGACUUGUAAGAUGUAUUUCAAUAUCGAAAAAGUUUAAAUACAUACACACAUACACACAAACA